AUGGAUAAGCUGAAUUUUUCACAUUUUAAUGUACGUUCGCUUUGUUCUAAUUUUGUUGCUUUUCGCGACUUUGUAGUGGACGGACAGUUUGAUAUUUUUGGGUUGUCUGAAACAUGGCUGUCUGAGAAGAUUGCAUCUUCUUCUUUAACUAUACCUGAUUAUAAUAUAAUUAGAAGUGAUAGAAUUGGAAGAGGGGGUGGCACGGCUUUUUAUAUAAAAAAAUGUUACAAGUUUCAAAAUCUUGAGUUGCCUGCCUCAGAAAGUGGAUUGGAACAGUUGUGGAUAUCCAUCAAGAUUAACGGCAAAAAUAUAUGUUUUGGUACUUUAUAUCGACCACCCAAUGUUAACCUGCUGGGUUGUCUUACUGAUCUUGAAAAUUCGAUUUCUACUUUCUUACCCUCAUAUGAUAUGCUUGUUUUUGGCAGUGAUUUUAACGUGGAUCUUUUGACAAACAAUAACAGUAAAAUAGUCUUAAUGAACUUCUUUGAGAAGUAUGGUCUCCAUCAAACAGUAAAAGUUCCUACGCGUAUAACCAAUAGUAAUAGUUCACUUAUUGAUAUUAUAGUUACAUCUUGUUCUGAUAUGAUUACAGAUACUGAAACUCUUCUGAUGGAUGAUAUAUCUGAUCACUGUUUAGUUACUUGUAAAGUGAAUGUACGGAGAAAAACUGCUGGAGUUAGAUUUAGCACAUUUCGAGAUUAUAAAAAUUUUAACUUAGUAGAAUUUGAUCAUGAUAUGUACAACAUGGAUUUUGAUAACAUUUUUGUUCUGCAUGAGGUUGAUGAUAUCGUCAACCAUUUUACUAAACUCGUUACAUACCUCUUUGAUAAACAUGCGCCGUACAAGAAGGUACGUUUUACUAAGCCUCCGGCCCCAUGGAUUACAACUAAUAUUAAAUUUAUGAUGCGUUUAAGGAAUAAAGCCCUUACUAAGUUCAAGAAACAUAAAACUGAAGCUGCCUGGCAGGAUUAUAAACAACUUAGAAAUCUGGUAACUUCGAGUCUAAGAAAUGAAAAGAAAGCAUACUUGUCUUUUCAGUUUAAGACCAAUCCGAAGAAGUUUUGGCUAACACUAAGGCGUUUGAAAAUUCGUCCUGGUAUGCCAUCUCAUCAUGAGGAUACUGGUACUGCCGAUGAGUUUAAUGAGUUUUUUAUUAAUUCUGUACCUAAAUUGUGCAUUGAUGAUAACACUAAUACUUAUUUACAAACUUAUAUGAGCUCUAAAUUUCUGGAUGAUUCCAAUUUGUUUAAUUUUUUGGAGGUUGAUGAGAAAAGUAUUUUGAGGGUAGUUAGGGAAAUUAAGUCUAAUGCCAAGGGAUGUGACGGGAUAGAUAAAGGAAUGAUUGAUUUAAUACUUCCUCAUUUAUUGCGUCACAUCACUUUCAUUAUUAAUACUUGUAUUAAAAAAAAUCAUUUUCCAGCUGCCUGGAAAAUUGCUAAUAUUAUUCCCACAGCAAAGAACUCUAAUCCUGUCAGAUUAUCUGAUUAUCGACCAAUAAGCAUAUUACCUUUCCUAUCUAAAAUUCUUCCUUUCACUCAGUCCGGCUUUAGGUCUCGCCAUAGUACGGCAACUGCUUUACUGAAAGUCAGUGAUGAUCUUUUCAGAAUAUGUGACAAAGGUGAUACUGGUUGCCUACUUCUGGACUACUCAAAGGCCUUUGAUACGUUAAAUCAUAGGAUACUUUUGAAGAAAUUGCAAUAUUUUGGUUUCAGUGAUUGUUCACUGAAACUCAUGGCGUGUUACUUGGCUGGUCGACAACAGAGAGUUUUUAUCAGAGAAUCUCCUUCGACUUUAUUGCCUGUAGAUCGUGGUGUUCCUCAGGGCAGUAUUCUUGAUCCACUUCUGUUCUCUAUUUAUACGGCAGAUUUUAAAACGUAUUUAAAAAAUUUAUCUUCACAUCAGUAUGCUGAUGAUUUUCAAGUGUACUGUUCCUUGAGUACAGAUUUCAAAGCCUCCGAAAUCAAAAUAAAUGAAGAUCUGAGAAUAAUUUACGACAUUUCACACCAUCAUGGUCUUUUCUUAAACCCUAAUAAGACUCAACUAAUUUUUGUGGAUUUAAAAUUCACGACAAUGGAAAAGAAAAAACCGAUUCUCUAUUCUGUGGAAGACCUAAAUAAAGCUGUUAACGCUAUUCGAUCUGGAAUGCCAUUUAAACCAGCUAGUAAGUUAUUAGUACCCAGGUCGACCCUACAAGACAAAGUUAAAGGCGAACAGCUUUAG